UCGGCUCCAAGACCUCUUGCCCUUCAUUCGUGAUCUGAGGCGAUUCGGAGCGCUAGAAAUCGAGGAGUUUUGGGUUCGUUUCUUUCUCUUGCUCUUGUGGGUUUUCCCAAGGUUGAGGCGUAGAUUGGUAGGUUGCGAGGAGAUAUGGAUGAUAACCGGUCUAAUCGGCCGAUUAAGGCCGAGGUUUCCGGGAUCGAGAGCCCGAGGAAGGUGGUAGAUUCUUGGCCAACUGGUUGGACAGAUGAGAAGCACAAUCUUUAUCUUAGUUCUAUAGAAGCGUCAUUUGUUAGUCAGUUAUACAGCAGCAAGUACAAUUCAAAGGAUUUGCUUGGAUCUUUGUCAAGGACACAAAUACGCAGAAAUUCAUCUGGGUCAAAUGCCAGUAGCUUGACAUCUGGUCAGUAUAAGGUCCUGCAGGGAGGCUGUUGGGAGAAUCUAAAAUUUGAGAGAGCUAAAAGAUGCAAAGACAUUGAGAAUGAACCUCGCUCUUUGUCUUCAAAUCCAUGGAUUCGGCAUUUCAGAUCACCUUCCACUGGCAAAGGGACGCGUCUUACAUCAAACCAGGUGAAUGACAGGGUCUUAGCCACACAAGAAAUUGAAGUAGCAACUCAGAGCCAUGGAAGAGAAGCAAUAAACACAAAGCAGCUUCUAUCCUGCCCUCACAUAUGUCUUCAAGAUUCCGUGGGAAGCACUACAGAGGUAUCAGAUCAGAACUUUGUUGAUGAUGAGUUUGAACAAAUGAAGCAAUCAAGUAGAACAUACAGGAAAAAAAGACCAAGGACAGCAGUUGCAGAUCGGCUGGUUAAUGAUCAAGUCGUUCCAUCUCGGAAAUCAUAUGCAACACCAAGUUCUGGUGAGAAUCAUGUGUGUCUGAAUGAAGGAAAUGCAGAAUGUAGCAGUAAAACAUCAGAGAUAACAAGUAGUUUUCUCCCUGUGGAGCCUGAGCCUCCAAUUAAAGACCAGGAUUUGAAGUGUCAGCUAAUGUGAAGCGGAAGCCAUGAUACACGAGCAGUGCAGAUAAUUGAACAGGUUAAGCACUGCAUCAAAAUCUAAAGAUAGUCUCUUUGAGGAGAUGAAGAUGUCAAAUCAGGCACCAAGAAUAGUUAUAAGUUCUGCAGAAAUUAUAACUGUAGAUUUUACGUUGCUGUCAUCCAACCGUUCUAAGUUCUCGAAAAAAAAAGAAAAACAGAAAAAAAUGUUGAUGCUGCUACGUAGGCUCGAAUAAUAUAUACAUAGUUUGUUAAGGAAUAAUAGCUAAUGCUGGCAGUACGCCCAACCCUUUCUGUUUCUUUUUUAGAUGUCCAUAGGAUGUGUGGAUAUGUGGAUAAGAUCGGAGAUCUUGAGCAAUGGAAUCAUGAUGGUUUGUAGCUUUACUGUAUGUUGUUUGCUGGUGAAAUAUUCCUCAGUAUUAUAUUACAGCCUGCAGCUGAUGCUUGUCAUGAAUAGUUAUUUGCAAAAUAUGUAGACGACUAGAUGUUCUUUUAUAAUUGAAAUGAAAAUUUAGUUCAGACCA